AUGAGGAGGAGGAGGCGCAGGGAGCCGUGUGAGCCCGAGAGCCCGGAGCCGGACAGCAAAGGGCGGACACCUUCAGGCGGCUGGCUCGGAGGGACCGCGGAGCAAGGGACAACGGCCACGGACGCACGCAGCCAGCCCACCCGUCCACCGAGCGAGCACCUGCCCCGCCGGCGGACCCUACCCACCGAGCGAGGGGCGGGCCUGGGAGUCCUUGGCCCCCUAUGCAUCUUGGUCCUUGUCCCUUGGGCGAGGAGGGAGGAGCCUGCACGGCCCCUGACGCCAGGCGGGGCGCAUGCAGCGCGCCUCGGCCCGGCCCCUGCCUCGGCCUGCCGCCCGCCAGCCCGCUCCCAGGAGUCACGGGAGACGCCCAGACGCCCCACAUCACCCUCACACCGGACCCCAGGGAUCCCGAUGGCCACAGCCCCCGCCAGCCGGGCCACCCGCCCAGAGCCCUGGCCUCCAGUCUCUCCCCAGCCUCAAGCCCCGCACCACAAAACCCUGGUCUUGACUGUGAUUGGCCCUGACGGUGUGCCUGUUUUUCUCCCCCACGUGCCAUUGGAGGGGGCACCUGUCCUAGUGAACGGGAGGCCUGGGGCUCCUCCGAGUCUGGCCAAGGCCCUCGAGUGUGUUGGGCAAGGCCCCCGACGUGCACUGUGGUCGGGGGAUAAGACGGGUUAUGGACCCUGCAAUGUGCGAGGACCCGCGGGAGCAAGGGACACGGCCCACGGACGCACGCAGCCACCCCACCCGUCCACCGAGCGAGCACCGCCCGGCCGGCGGACCUACCCACCGAAGCGAGGGGCGGCCCUGGAGGCCUUGGCCCCCUUGCAUCUUGGUCCCUUGUCCCCUUGGGCGAGGAUGGGAGGGCGGGGCGCCAUGCAUGCGCGCCACGGCCGGCCCCUGCCUCGCCUGCCGCCCGCCAGCCCGCUCCCAGGAAGUCACGGGAGACGCCCAGACGCCCCCGACAUCACCCUCACACCGACCCCAGGGAUCCCGAUGGCCACAGGCCCCGCCACCCGGGCACCCGCCCAGAGCCCUGGCCUCCAAGCCUGCACGGCCCCUGACGCCAGGCGGGGCGCAUGCAGCGCGCCCUCGGCCGGCCCCCUGCCCUCGCCCUGCCGCCCGCCAGCCCGCUCCAAGGAGUCACGGGAGACGCCCAGACGCCCCGACAUCACCCUCACACCGACCCCCAGGGAUCCCCGAUGGCCACAAGGCCCCCGCCACCGGCCACCCCCGCCCAGAUGCCAUUGGAGGGGCACCUGUCCUGUGAACGGAGGCCUGGGGCUCCCUCCGAGUCUGGCCAAGGCCUCGAGUGUGAUUGGGCAAGGCCCCGACGUGCACUGUGGUCGGGGGAUAGAGGGUUAUGGACUGCAAUCCUGCACGGCCCCUGACGCCAGGCGGGGCGCAUGCCAGCGCGCCUCGGCCCGGCCCCUGCCUCGCCUGCCGCCCCGCCCAGCCCGCUCCCAGGAGUCACGGGAGACGCCCAGACGCCCCGACAUCACCCCUCACACCGACCCCAGGGAUCCCCGAUGGCCACAGAGCCUGCACGGCCCCCUGACGCCAGGCGGGGCGCAUGCAGCGCGCCUCGGCGGCCCCUGCCUCGCCUGCCGCCCGCCAGCCCGCUCCCAGGAGUCACGGGAGACGCCCAGACGCCCCGACAUCACCCUCACACCGACCCCAGGGAUCCCCGAUGGCCACAGUGCCAUUGGAGGGGCACCCCUGUCCUGUGAACGGGGAGGCCUGGGCUCCUCCGAGUCUGGCAAGGCCUCGAGUGUGUUGGGCAAGGCCCCGACGUGCACUGUGGUCGGGGGGAUAAGAGGGGUUAUGGACCUGCAAUGUGCGAGGAGCCCUGCACGGCCCCCUGACGCCAAGGCGGGGCGCAUGCAGCGCGCCCUCGGCCGGCCCCUGCCUCGCCUGCCGCCCCCGCCAGCCCGCUCCCAGGAGUCACGGGAGACGCCCAGACGCCCCCGACAUCACCCCUCACACCGACCCCAGGGAUCCCCGAUGGCUACAGGCCCCCGCCACCGGCCACCCGCCCCCAGAAGCCCCUGCACGGCCCCUGACGCCAGGCGGGGGCGCAUGCAGCGCGCCUCGGCCGGCCCCUGCCUCGCCUGCCGCCCGCCAGCCCGCUCCCAGGAGUCACGGGAGACGCCCAGACGCCCCGACAUCACCCUCACACCGACCCCCAGGGAUCCACCGAUGGCCACAGAGCCUGCACGGCCCCUGACGCCAGGCGGGGCGCAUGGCAGCGCGCCUCGGCCGGCCCCUGCCCUCGCCCUGCCGACCGCCAGCCCGCUCCCCAGGAGUCACGGGAGACGCCCAGACGCCCCCGACAUCACCCCUCACACCGACCCCAGGGAAUCCCCGAUGGCCACAGGCCCCGCCCCACCGGCCACCCGCCCAGAGCCCCUGGCCUCCAGUCUCUCCCAGCCUCAAGCCCCGCCCACAAAAACCCGUGUCUUGACUGUGAUUGGCCCCCUGACGUAG